AUGCGCGACCUGGAAUUUCCGAUAUCAAUGCCAUACUUUGCACCCGCGGCCAUCUUACCUGCGAAGCUGCCGAGCACAGCCGAGAUCGAAUCCUCCCAGGAGAUAUUGACUGAACGCACGGCCGCCAAGGUGGUCGCCCUUGGCCCCCAUUUCGUUGCCAAGUACGGCAAGGGGAUCGACCUGGAAGAAGGGCAGACCAUGAUCUUUGUCAAACAACGCGCCCAAGUGCCCGUCCCCACUGUUUAUGCUCUCUACCAUGAGGAUGGCAAGAACGUGAUCAUCAUGGAGCGCAUCCACGGCCAGACGAUGGAAGAGCGAUGGCCAACGCUUACGAAUGCGGAAAAGAAUCUCGUGGCGACCCAGCUCAAGGAAUGCCUGCGGCGGAUGCGCUCGAUCAUGCUGAUGAAUGGGGACGGGUAUGGGUAUAGCAGUCUGAACGGGAAGCCGCUGCGCGAUUCGCUGUUCUUGACAUGCACGGCGAACCGAGAUGGAUCGCUGAGGUAUGAAUACGAGGGUCCAUUCAAGACGGAAGCAGACCUGAACGACGCAAUCAUCCGAAAAUGCAAGGCGUCGGAAGCCAUGAGGGGGAAAGCCAUGUUUUACGAGAACGCGCUGCAUGACGUGUUCUGCACCCAUCCGCCGGUCUUGACGCACGGUGAUCUUCAGCGGAAGAAUAUCAUGGUGAGAAUGGGUUCCCAGGGGGAAGUGGCCAUCACGAUCCUGGAUUGGGAGAUUGCCGGUUGGUAUCCCAGCUACUGGGAGUACGCGCAGGCCAUUGUGGCGUGCGGUCUGUUCGAGGACGAUUGGCACCAUUACGUCGAUAGGUUUCUAGACCCUUAUCGGAAUGAGUAUGCCUGGCUACACAUGCUGCAGAAUGAACUAUGGUGA